AUGGCCUCACGACAUGAACUUACUUUACAAGAAAAAAUACAAUUAAUUUAUGAUAAUAAAGAUGGUAAUGGGUUAUCACAACGUAGAUUAGCAGAAAAAUAUAAUAUCUCACUUGGUUCUGUAUCAAAUAUUGUAAAACGUAAAACAGAAUAUUUAAAUCAUUAUGAAACAAAUCAAAAUCAAAAUGUUAAACGAAAAUAA